UAAUUAAUGACUCUGAUCAGAUCCAAACAUUUGCUAUUACGACUUUCCCCCAAUUUCCAUUCCCAUUCCCAUUUCUCCCUCAAAAUUCACAUUUUAAUCACAAAAUCAGUACUAAAAAUCUAUUGAUAUAUUAUACAUAUAGAUAUCUGUAUAUACAGUUCUAUCUGUAUAUAUUUCAAUUUGUGUGUGUGUGUGUGAGAGAGAGAGAGAGAGAGAGAGAGAGAGCGCGGUAGAAAAGAGCAAUGGGAGGAGUUCCUUCGACACCGCGGUGGGGCGGUGCGGCGGAGAUGAGACCGGCGGAAACGGCGGAGUACCUGAUUGGAGCAUUGGUUGGAGAGAAGUCGUAUCCGCUUGCCUCUGAUUACUGGCAGAAGCUUCUUGAGUCUCCUCUCCAUCUCCGUUGGCCUGCUCAUCGUGUUCUUCAAGCUUCUCAACUCUUCGCUCAGAACAACUGUAAAACAAGACACCUUGCCAAGAUUUUAGUCCACCUAGCAUGGUGUUUGCAAGAAUGUGUGUCUGCUUCUGGUGUGCCCUCAGCAACUCUUGUUAGAGCUCUUAAUGCAUUAUACAUCUCCUCUGUGUUCCUGAAGUACUUCAUUGAGAAUGCCAAAAGUGACCACUUUGAAGAAUUGCACCUAUCUCUAGAUGAAAAUGAGGCCAAACCAACUAGCUUCUCAAAAGAUCAAACUAUUGAACAGCUGGUCAUGCAUAGUGUGCUUAGUUUUCUAGGAAAAGUAGAUGUAAGCACCAAUACAUAUCUUCUACACCAUGAACUUCUUAACUUCAUGCUCAUUGCAAUGUCAACCCAACUUCUUAGUGGACCUUCACCAGGUCCAGAUGACAGCCACCCUUUUAUUGAUGCUAUGAUGGUUCAGGAAAGCUCUUUGGUGAGUUUGGUAGUCUCUAAGCUACUUCUAAAUUACAUCAGACGACCUAACUUCCCCAUUGAUAGUUCAUCUUACAGCAUAUUCUCAGAAGUAAAUCAGACUGGUGUGCUACAGAGAGUUGGCUCUGCAGCUG